UGUCAUUGAGAUCGUGAUUGUGUUCAUUGUGUUGAUUGUUUCGAAUUUCCGAUUUGGACUACAGCUGGUUAUUGUGUCUUUUGAUAGUGUUUUGUGUCAUAAAUUAACCCAAGAUUAAAUUGAUAUUGUACUCCUAUUUGUAGUAGUAAUGUGAAUACUGUGUUCGUGAAGUAUUUAAAACCAUUUUACCGUGAUAAGUUCAAAAUCACUUGUUACGUUCGACGAAAUAUAAACUACUGACCUUAUAGUUUACGUAUUGUUAAUAGAAUAAACUACGUAUAACAAAUCUUAUCAUCGAAGUAAUUAAAGAAAACAGUAAGAUUAGGAAAUGGCUUUUCCAAUUAAAUUACUUUACCGCAAACAUGGACAAAAUAGCUGAAAAAUAAACGUUUAAUGAUAUAGCAUUAACUACAUUGAAACCAUCCAUUAAACUUAAUUACACAAGUAAUAUAAAGUUGAUGGAAUUUAUGUAACUACCAAAGUGGUAAUUAUAACAUCUGUGCAAAUAAAGAAGACAGAUAAUAAAAUGGAAUCUGAUGAUGAUAUUCGACCUCUUAUUGAGUAUGAAGGAAGUAGAGAUUUGUAUUUGGAACUCACAGCACAACUGAUCAAUGCUGACCCCGAAUUUGAACAGGUAGUAUACGGCUACCGCAAGAGUCGUUGGCGGACGGUGCUAACCUACGUGCUGUCGGUCUUGUUCUGUGGCCUGCCAUUCCUGGUGUUCCACUGGCUUCCCACCUGGUUCCUAUACGUCACCUGCGUUCGAUGCUCCUUCCAGUUAGCUGAUAGAGUUCUGGUUGUUGAAACAUAUCAAAAGAAGUGCAAGAGUUACUACAUUCAUUUAAUAUUACACAAAGAUAUAGCAGAUACUAGUGGUUUACUAAACCAAGGGUUUGACGACGAUGGCUCGAAGGAGAAGGGUCCCAUUGAAAGUCCAGACGCCAUACACACUCCCAUACAUCUGGAUGAUGGGACUACACUUAAUGUACAAAACUACAGAUAUUUCCGACAUAAGAAGCAGUCUCUUAUCUGGGAUGGUACUCGAGCUAAAUGGACGAGGCUGGCGGGAAUCGAAUCUGGAGCCUCAUGUGCACAGCUACAAGCUAUGGGCGCUACUCCACCGUCCAGUGAAAGACGAGUUCGGAUGUUAAACAUCUACGGUCUAAACGAGAUCAACGUGCCAGUCCAGUCGAUCAUGACUCUGAUACUCCUGGAAGUGUUCAACCCAUUCUAUGUGUUCCAACUGUUCACUAUAGCUGUGUGGUUAGCUGAGCCAUAUUAUUAUUACUGCAUCGCCGUUGUAUUAAUGUCCACGUUUGGUGUUGCCACUUCUGUUAUACAGACUAAAAAGAAUCAAACCAACCUCCGUGCGACAGUAGAAGCUCACGACACAGUAGAGCUAUGGGACGGUCGCACAGUGGACAGUCGUUACGUGUCCCCCGGGGACAUAAUAGUGCUGCCACCUCGCGGCUGUAUACUACACUUCGAUGCUGCUCUAUUGUCUGGCGCUGCUGUGCUCAACGAGAGCAUGUUGACUGGUGAAUCAGUACCCGUAACAAAGACAGCGUUACUCCGAGUGGACCGUCCCUUCGACCUGAAGGAGCACGCGUCCAGUGUACUAUUCUGUGGCACGAAGGUCAUACAGACCCGAUACUAUAAUAACGAGCCUGUCAAGGCUCUAGUACUCCGCACAGGCUACAACACGAGCAAAGGUCAGUUAGUCCGAAGCAUCCUGUACCCAGUGCCAGCAGACUUCAAGUUUGACAGAGACUCGUACAAGUUCAUCAUCAUACUUGCCUGUAUAGCGGCCGUGGGACUCGCUUACACUGUCGCUCUCAAGGCAUACCGCUCUUUAAGUCCAGGAGAUAUAACCUUGAAAGCUCUAGACAUAAUAACGAUAGUGAUCCCGCCUGCCCUACCGGCGGCCAUGACAGUUGGUCGCCUUUACGCAGUGGCGAGGUUGCGGCGAGCUCGCAUUGCGUGUCUCAAUACUAGAGCUGUUAAUGUUAGCGGAUCGCUCGACUGUGUGUGUUUUGAUAAGACUGGAACUCUAACAGAAGAUGGUCUAGACAUGUGGGGUGUAGUGGCAGUAAGUGGUGCCACAAAUCCCCCCCGACUAGGUAGACCCCAGCGUGACCCCCGACUACUCAACGAGUUGCAUCCCCUAAAGUUGGGCAUGGCGUCCUGUCAUAGUCUUACCUUGCUUGACCAUGAACUGGCUGGAGAUCCUCUGGAUUUGAAGAUGUUCGAGUCCACCGGCUGGGUAUUAGAAGAGCCAGACGUUCCAGAACAUUCCAACUACGAGAUCCUAACUCCAACUAUAGUAAAACCCAGGAAAACUGCUAACAUUGACGUCGAUGAUAUUCAUCUGCCCCUAGAAUUGGGCAUAGUCCAGCAGCACCAGUUCGUGUCGUCCCUGCAGCGCGCGUCGGUGGUGGCGCGCGUACUGGGCGAGGACGUCCUGCGCGUCUAUACCAAGGGCGCGCCCGAGAUGUUAAAGACACUCUGUGUUCCCGAAACUGUACCUGACAAUUUAUACGAAGUUUUGAACUCGUACGCGGAGAAGGGGUACCGAGUGAUUGCAGUAGCCACCAGGGUACUAGAAGUCACCUUCAAACAACUGCAGAAGAUGACCAGGGAAGAGGUGGAGUGUGAGCUAGAGUUCCUAGGACUAGUGAUAAUGGAGAACAGGCUGAAGGCAGCCACCACCGGCAUCAUACGGGAGCUGAAGGAAGCCAACAUACAUGUCGUUAUGAUUACUGGGGACAACGUGUUGACAGCAGUGAGCGUGGCGAAGGAGUGCGGCAUACUGAUGGGGGACGAACGAGUCGUUGUACUGCACACCGACGCCAGCGGGGGGGAGCCGCGCAUAUACUGCGAGAGCACGCUGCAUGGGGCGACAGUAGGGCGCCGCUACCCUCUCCAACGUGAGUGGCGCAGUGUGGACAGUGGACACGGCUCCUGGCGCUCCGCCCCCGCCUCCGAUGACAUAUACGAUACGGAGACCGGAGCCCUGGAGCCACGGUACAAGAUUGUCAUGACUGGGGAUACGUGGCGGGUACUUCGCGAAUACUAUCCUGCCAUGGUCCCCCGUGUAGUGGCCCGGGGCGCAGUCUUCGCUCGCAUGUCCUCCGACCAGAAACAACAACUUAUUGUCGAGUACCAGGCACUGGGGUACUACGUCGGUAUGUGCGGUGACGGUGCAAACGACUGCGGAGCCUUACGAUCCGCUCACACGGGGAUAUCACUCUCAGAACUAGAGUCCUCUGUAGCGGCACCCUUCACUUCUGCCAACCCGGACAUAGUAUGCGUCGCCAGAGUACUCCGGGAGGGACGCGCGGCACUCUCCACCUCAUUCGGCGUUUUCAAAUUCAUGGUAGCAUACUCCCUUUCAGAAUUCUUCUCGGUAGCCUUCCUCUACUACUUCGAUUCAAAUCUAACAGACUUCCAAUUUUUAUACAUAGAUGUCGCUUUAAUCGUUAAUUUCGCGUUCUUCUUUGGCAUGACAGAAGCUUAUACGGGCAAGUUGUGUAAGACGCCACAUUUGACGUCAUUAUUAGGUCUUGUACCUCUCUUUUCUCUUGUCGGGCAAAUGAUUCUAGUUGGCAUAGGACAGUAUUUAAGUUAUUUAGCUUUGACAUUUUUCCCGUGGUAUGUUAGACAUACUUAUGAAGGCGAUGAAGCUAACGAGUGUUGGGAAAACUACUCCAUAUUCGCGAUAUCGAUGUUCCAAUACAUUAUUCUAGCUAUAGUAUUCAGCCAUGGGUCUCCUUAUCGAAAAUCAGUGAUUACAAACAAACAACUAAUGAUCAGCAUGUUGAUAAUGACGUGUAUAUGUGUGUACAUAGCCGUAUGGCCGGCGGAGUGGAUAGCUAAAUUCUUACAACUACGAAUGCCUAAAGAUACCUUGCUUUCAUAUAUAAUACUCGCUUUGGCAGCUUUCCAUCUUCUCCUAGCUUUAAUAUUCGAAAGAGUAAUUAUAGAGUAUCUAAUGGAAGGUAAGCAAAUGAUACCAAAGUUCUUGAAAGAGAAAAGAAUAAGAAAAACUCCACAUUUGUUGAUUAGGAGGGAGUUAACGGAUAUGGAUUAUUUAGAUUGUGAUAGCAUUAUCAAAUACGAUAAGGAGACCAGCGAUUCGACCUUCGAAUCUUCCGGAAAAGACAGCUGAGAUCAGCUUCCUAAUUUUGAGUAUGGGACUCGAAUUUUUAUGGUUAAAUGUGAUCUUUAAUGCAUACCAAACUGAGUUCAAAUUCGCUAGAUCAAUUUAUUUUAAGAUGUAAACCUCUUUUCUUUUUGAACAAGAAAUCUUGCCUUUAUUUUAUAGUGCCAUUUACUAUACAGAUAUUAUUUCAGGUCACUGAAAGUUUAAAAAUUAUGAAUUUAUACUUAUGUAUUUUUAAUUUUAGAAAUAUCGAUACAAACAUAUCAAGAAUUGUCGAUAUGUUUUAUAGAAAGUAUUGUAGUGAUGUGAUCAUUGUUAAAAUGUAUCGAUAUUAUAAUGUUACGUCUUUAAAGAAGUUAUCGAUAAAAAAACUUAACUAUCGAUAUUAAAAUGUAUUUAUAUCGCGACAAUCAAAUGAACAAUUUAUAAAUUAA